AUGGACGCAGAAGACGAGACAGAGCGCGAAGAGCGCCUCCGCAACCUGUACACGACACUAGCCACCGACCUCGGCUACACAGGAGACAACCAGCUUCGCCGGUGGCUGGAAGCGGGAGGGGCAAAACUUGAACAAUUCUAUGUCUUCUUGGAGAGUUUGAUAUGCGAACAGAGCGAGGCACUGUGCCGUCGUUACGGCCCUUCCUGGAGCCUUCGGUGGUCGCUGUAUUAUCCCUGGUCAUAUCGCAACCGCAACCUGCGCGAUCUGAAGCGCGCAAAGCAGCAACUAAAGCAAAUUUGCGGGAAAAGGGCUUCUCCAACACAGCGAUGCGCUCAGCUCGCCCGAACUCCCUUCGUCAAGCUGGGUAGAGCCGCCAUGGGAAGAACCGUCAACCGCAGUCCCUUCUUCACGAAACUCCCACCUGAGAUCCGAGAAAUGAUUCUUAUAGAGGCAUUUGGCAACCAAACCAUUCAUUUGGACUUAAGUCUUCGUUACCCAUUCUAUGAGGUGAAGGGCCAGCCCAGAAUCAUCCAGGGUGAUCGCUAUCACUAUUGUGCCCACGCGAAGAUCAGGCCUUUCUCUUUCGAUCGUUAUAGCGUGGACAGUGACACGCUGAACGAGAAGCAUACAUAUGACACCACCGAGAGGAAGAAAUGGAGGUGGCUUAGCUGCGUAUGCCACAGAGCGCCACCAACUGCAAAACGCUUCCCAUUUGGUCGAAGGCAUAACAAUUGUGGCAAUCAUUGGGGCUCAACUUUCACUGAACCUAAUUUCGACCGUUGCCUGGCUGGGCGAGGUUAUUGCCCCCUGUGGCCCGGUGAGUGGCCGAGUAAGUGUUUUGUGGGAGUUUACGGGUGGCUUCUAAGCUGCCGCCAAGCAUAUAUGGAAACGUAUGGAAUCUUGUUCCAGUUGAACACCUUCUUUAUAUCCUCUCCAGUACUUCUUCUAGGAAUCCAGGACAUAAUGGGCUCCAACAUCACCGACAUGAUGACGUCCCUUGACCUUGUGUUUGAUAAAGGUGUGUUGGACCUGAGUGAGGCGUUCACUGGCCUGCCUCCUAGGUUUGGGAUCAAAUCUACGUAUGAGAAUGGGAAAUUCACCUUCCCUUCACUGCAGCAACUUAGAAUUUCCUUUGUUGAGAAGAGACAGUUCACAGAUCCCUGGACUGGUGAAUAUUUACCCUAUGGCUUUGACUUUAACAAUCGCGACGUUAUCACUUCGGAUGCUCUCCCAGAACUCGAUGGUCUGAUUCAGAGGAUUGUACCUCCAAGCGCCGAAGUUACAAUUUCUUGCCCGCACCCUCGUUUCUAUGUGGAGAUUGAAAACAAGCUCAUAUCUCGACAAGGGCAACUACAAACACAGUCUCAACCAGCAGAAAUUGGGGGCCACAAAUGUUGGAGAGAGAUUCCAAAAAUUGAUAGCGGUACACAAGGGAUUGCAAAUAAUUCAGUGGAGGCUUUACUCAACGACACCUUGAUUGCUGGUUACUGGAUACACUCACUAAGAAAUGAUCUCUCACGACCUCGCUUAGCCUAA